AUGGCUAGAUUGUCCAACAAUAGAAAAUACAGUGUUUCCAAGCCUACCACUUCCAAAAGGUCAAACAAAUACAGACAAUAUUUCCACCAACAACCUAAGGAUUUAGUAUAUGUUGAAGAACCAGAAACUGAAUCUGAAGUUGAAGAAGAAGACGACGAAAAGGUUUACGAAUUCGACUUAGAAGGUAACGACAACGAGAACUCUGAAGAGAGUGACAGCGAAAGCGAAAGCGAAAUUGAAGAUGACGAUGAAGGUGUAACUGUGUAUUACAACUCAGAGGAUUUCGAAUCCGCAAGCGAUGAGGAAGAUGAAUCCAGUGAUGUCGAUAGCGACGAAGAAACUAUUAUGUUUUACGAUAAUGUUGAAAGCUCCGAAGAAUCCGGUUCCAGUUCCAGUUCCAACUCAGAAUCAGACUCAGACUCAGACUCAGACUCAGACGUCGACUCAGAUAACUCCUCAUCCACUGAAGAAUUGGAUGACGUUGUCUACUAUGUCAACAACAACAUCUAUGACAACCCAGAAGAAGACGAAGGUGACUUCAUUGACUCAGAAGAUAUUGAAGAAGAAGUUUACUUCUCUUCUGAUGACGAAAUUCUUGCUGCUGAAGACGAUUCCGACAUCGCUGACUUAAACGAUGAAAUUGUUAGAUACUACGACUCUGAGAGUGGUGCCGAAUCUGACUACUCUGAUAUUGAAAUCGAGCUCGGUUCUGAUGUCGAACCAGAAGAUAUCUUGGAUAUGAUAGACAUGAAUGACCAAUUACAAGCUCAAGCUCUCAGACAAAUUGCUGGUGAAGAGUACGACUCGGCUGAAUCUGUCUCUGAUUCUGAUGCUGAUUCCGACUCAUCUGAUUCUGAAGAAUAUACUGACUUAGAAUUGGACUCUGAUGAAGAAAAGGAAUUAAGCGACCGUUUGAAGGUUGAAGCUGUCAGAUUAGCAUUUCAAGAUGUCUUAGAAGGCAAUACCGAAUACUCAGAUGAUGAAUCCUCAUCUGACGAAGAAGGCGUUACCAUUUACAGACACAGAUUCGACUUACCAGACUCCUACUCUUCUGAAGCAGAAGACGAAGAAAGUGAUGAAGAUAUCGAAGAAAGCGAAGAAAGUGAAGACGAAGAAAAAGAUGAUGCCUUAUUACUUGCACAUGACUCUGAAGUUGAAGAAGAUGAGGAUAAUGUUGAAGUUAUUGACUUGACCAGAGACUUGCAAGAUAGCAAGGACUGUGAAUUGACCAAAAUUGACGAGAACACUUUCAAAUUAAAUAUUAGAAUUCCAGCCUUAGUCAAGGAAGAAAUAAAAAUCGACUUCUCCAAGGAAGACAACGAAUUAAUCAUCAAAGGUAAGUUGAACUUAACUGGUGAAGAAUCCGAUGCAGAUGAAGAAUCCGACUCUGAGUCAGAAUCUGAAGAAGAAUCCGCUGAAGAAUCUGAAUGCGAUUGUGAAGAUUGCGAUGAAGACUCUGAAGCUGACUCUGAAUAUUGUGAAGAAUGUGAAGAAGAUUGUGUCGAUUGUCAAGACGACUGUGCAUGCAAAGAAGAAGACUGUGAAGAUUGUGAAGAUUGUGAUUGUGAAGACUGCCAAGAAGAAGAAAUUGUUGAAGACACACAAGAAUUAAUAAAGCAAUUCGGUGACCACCAGCUUAACUUCGAAAAGCACUUCCUGUUUGACAAGACUAUCAAGUUCGAUCAAAUUAGAGCAGUAUUCAAAGACGAAGAACUUGAAAUCAUUAUUCCAACCGUCAGCAAGCCAAAGAAGUUAUACAGCAUUGAUAUCGAGCUGGCUGAUGAAGAUGAAGACUACGAAGACGCUUCAAUGGAAAACUAG